AUCCCUUGGAAGUAAGAUGUGCAUGCACUUCCUUUCUUUGGGUUGGGGGGCAGAAGUGACCAGGGUGGUGGUACCCAUGGCACUUGCUCAAACAUCCAGAUGUGCCCACAGACCUAAAACAUGUGAAAGGGAGGUUACAAAUAUUUUAGUAUAUAUUUUGUGUGUGUGUCUGUGCCUGUGUGUACGUACACACACACACACACACACACACACACACUAGUUUAAGUUGUUUUCAGGCUUUAUUCUCAGUAUUGGUUCUUCACUGAGGCUGUUGUCAAGGAAUAUGGUAUAAAUAAAUGCUAUGCUGCUCAUGCUCUAGUGCUUGGAACACCUGUUUUGAAACUUCAGUUAAGACUUGCAGCCUUUCUUCACGCUAAGAAUGGGAUUUUGUGGCCAUGACCUAUAUUCUUGGUCAGAAUCAAUGACAUCAGCCAAAGUGAGGGUAGAGAAUAGGGAGCUUUAAGGAUCAGGACCUUUCCCCUUUGUAUAACUGCAUUUUAAAAUGUUGUUGAAGUCAAAACAUUUAUGUUUUAAUACAGUGAAAUAGACAUGUCUAGGUCUCAUUCCUUCCGUAUUAUUUUUGCUCUCAAGUUAUUCCCAUAUAGAUCUGAAAGGCAAAAUACUCAGUGUAUAUCCUUGAGUGCACAAAAGAAAGCACAUCUUUCUUUGUGCUACACUUGUGUGGGGAGGCGAGAGAAAGAGGCCAGACCUUAAUGUACCUGAAACACUAGAUUAUUCCCCACAGGCUUUUUAAUGGCUCUCAUCCUAUGUUCACUUUUAAGUUUAUCUGAGAUUUUCUUCCAAGUAAAUGUGUAUAAUAUGGUAGCCCAGGUUUUGUUUUCACUGUGGAAACCUGGUGUUGCUGUGUUUCUUUUUAAGUGGAUGAGUAGAGUGUGAAGAAAACUAACAUGAUUAAAACUGGAUUUGAGCACUGACAGAGUUCCUGUAGGUAUUAAGGAUUAGCAGUAACAGCUGUUGCUCUUCUCAUUAGUAGAGAGAGUAAAGAACUUUUUUCCUUAAAGGAUGUUUGCCUGGCAGGCUGAAGGAGAAAAUUGCUGAGUGUCUGAAGGAACAUGUGUCCCAAGGUAAGAAACUGGCAAUGUUAAUGCAACUAAGGUGUUGAAUACUAAGAGGAGAUUUUAUAGGGCUAAAAGCAAAACUGGGAUAUGGAGGAAAUAUCCUAUUACACAGGAAAAAUAACUUGUAUAUAUUUAACUACUUGCAAAAAUGGCUGUAGCAGGGAUUAUAUUGGAAGAUGGGAGUGUGUGUGACUUAAUUUGUUCAAAACCUGUUCUAUUGCAAGGGCUGGGUUUUCAAAAAGGGAUUCCUUUAUAUGGCCUUGUGUUGUCUUCAGUCUGUAAACGGUUUCAGAAAUCACUAGAGGAAAAGAAUUGAGCUAAACAUUGGCUCAGAAUAAGUAGUUCAAUAUUUAAUAGCAACUGAUCAGGCACAUUUAAAGGUAGUAGGAAAGUAUAUAAGCUGAACUCUGCAUAGACCCAUUCUUGUGUAUGAGCUUAAGGUGUUUUAAGACACUAAUUUAAAUGCCAAAUGGCUGAUAUGGUCUGGUAGGAUAGAGGAGAUGACUAUAGAAGCUUAUGGGAUCAGCUAAUGGAUAAUUCUUUAAUGGAGAACUGAUUUUGCCGAUAGGCAGACCCAAAUGGAAGGGGAAGGAAUAGGUGGCAGGAGGAGAUUGGAUGAUGGAUCUGCAGUGCAGAUGGAAAUGAUUUUUCUACUCUUGCAUGUUUGCUUCACCACCCUUCAUUCUCUCCAAUCUUAACUCACCUUCCAGAAAAGCUGGGCUUUUGUUUUGUUUUGGAAAGUAUGAAUAAUUAAAGGAAAUUUUGGAGUCAAGUAUGACACGAGGCCUUUAAACUUCACUGACCACAUAUGGAGUGGUAACACUCUUGGCACUGUACCUCAAGAGAAGUGACCAUGAGACCUAGGCCUGACUUGGACAGGACCUUCUGCUGCUUGGACCUUUCCUGCCAUAGCUCUAUAUUGCUGCUCUACAGUAUUCAAGCACAGCUUCUUUUAAUAAUUACAUGUAUAUUUAUACUUUUGAAGGAUUUAUUUCCAAGAACAUGAAUAUAUUCAGCAUGGGUUUUUAACUAUAUGAGCACCUCCCUUUUUCCUAGUCUUCUUUGGUAUAUUUCUAAGUCAGUAGGGUUGUGUGUUCCAGCACUGAUCAGGAGGAGCACACAGAGGUAGAGGAAGAGAUGAAAGUUCAGGCACUUUUUGUUGUGUGGUCAUUGACAAUCCUGUGCUUAGUUUCAUACACCGCUGCAUUCUCCCAUGGGGCCAGUCUUUCGGCAUGUACUGAUAUGAGGCCCAAACAUAUCAGAGCUCACCUUCAGAACCCACAGAAUAACUAUAUUACCAUCCAUACCAAUAUAUCCUUUUUUCCAGGUGACAAGGUUCCAGUCACCGUCAGGAGCACACGUGAUUUCAUGGGCUUUAUGCUUCAAGCUCGCAGGGUAUCAAACGAUCAAAUUGCUGGCACUUUUGUUUACAUUCCUCCUGGCUCCAAACUGCUGACUUGUUUUGAAGAUGGCGACACCGUCACCCAUUCAGACAAGUCCCUGAAGAGAAACCUGUCGUUUGUGUGGAAAGCACCCGAUCAGCCCAUUGGAGACAUCAGGUUCUUUUUAUCAGUCGUCCAGUCGUACUUUGUUUAUUGGGCAAGGAUUGAAUCUUCCACUGUGUCUCAACAAACACAAAACAGAACCACAGCUGGAAGUCAUGUAGCCCCCAGUGUAAUAAAGCCCACACCUCUUCAAAAGUCUACUGAUCUAAAAGGAGCAUUUGCUGCAGAGAAAGAAAGUUCCACUCCUGACACCAUCUUAACUCAGUUUGCAAAAUUUACACAUACUAGUCUGACUCGGCUUGCAGCCACAUUGAUUUUGGAUCCAUCUUACAGUGGACGACAAGUCUCUGAGCCUCCUGACAAUGGAAAUGCUCUGUCUGAAUCCCUUGCAGACUUGGUCACUUCACAUGCCAUCAGUCGCAGUAGAGAAAGACAAGCUAAUGGAAGUGGCACAGUUGGUGAUCUCACACUGGAGCCAUCACUUCAGUUCCAGGAUCUCGGCCUCAUAGCACAACAUCAUUCCUCCAGCCACAGCAUGUACAACAGGAGAGAAAAUACUUCAAGCUUUCCCAUAUCACAGCUUUGCUCUACAUGUAUAAAAGGCAUGGAGACACAGGCAUGGUGUGUAGACCACAGAGAAAACAGGCCGAGCAAAGAAGUGCAUUUGGGCGUUUCUGCAACACCUAACCCAGGCCUUAGCAAGUCUGUGCUACCCAUUACAGCUUCACCGCUGGCCCACUUCCAGGAUCCUCUACGCCUUCCAGGCAUAGAAACAAUAUCAGAGCAUUUAGGUGGUGAAGAGGACAUGAGUGUCUAUCAAAGUUUAUCAGGAGCUUCGAGGAAGAUGGCAGAGAAGCAAGCAGCGACAUGGGCAGUUCCAGCAAACUUCCUGCCCCAGGCUGAACUUACAUCACAUGAGCAGGAGGAAAAGGGCAGAAAGGAUAUCCCUGAGAACACACUCCUGAAGGUAACAAGAGCCACACCCAAAGCUACUGUUUCUGGAGGAAAGCCACGCAAGGAGUCCCAGCUUGUAGUAGCUCAGCUGGGUGUUCUCCUUGGAUGCUCUGCUGUCCUCAGCAUGGUGCUGGCUGUUGGUCUACGCUGCAUCCAUUCCCAGUAUUGUCACAAGCGAACGGAAGUGUCCUUUAGUGAGCCAGAAAAUAAUGCCAUGGCACUUCAGGAGAAUGGGGAGAUGAUGCAUUUCAGAAAGAUACGAGAGAACAGCUUUGUUCUGGUACAGGCAGAAUACAACUGGAUCAGCCCAUCAGGCAGUGGGAAAAAAGCUGUUCUCUAG